AUGACUCAACAGAUGCAGAAUCUGCAGCUGUCCCAUACCAGGAAGUGCUCGGGAGGCCCUGCCUCCCCCAGCGCCGCCAAGCGCCUCUACAGGAACCUAUCAGAGAAGCUGAAAGGAGGCCACUCCUCCUUCGAGGACGCCUACUUCUUCGGCCGCGGAGAACGCCACGGUCAUCACAAGGGCUCGGUGAGUUGGGAUCGUAACAUGCAGGGUAGUGAGUGUCUGUUUGAGGCGGUGGAGCAGCAGGAUGUAGAUACCGUCCAGAUCCUUCUCUACCAAUACACAGCUGAAGAGCUGGACCUCAACACGCCCAACAGCCAAGGGUUAACGCCGCUCGACGUGGCCGUCAUGACCAACAACACACCUAUAGCCAAGCUACUGCUGAAGGCCGGCGGCAAGGAGAGCCCUCACUUUGUCAGUGUGGAGAGUCGCGAGGCCCACCUUAGCAGCCUGGUCAUCGAGGCAGAGAGGAGGGCAGGGGAGCUGGCUGCUCAGGCCCAGAGAGACGGGCUUAGCCUGGAGGCCUGUGACAAGGACAAGCAGCUCCGAGCCUGGGAGUGGAGGUGCAAGCUCUACAAACGCAUGACGACUGGCUUCCAGCAUGCACGUGUGCCAGAGCCCCUGUCUGCAGUGCAUCUCAGUGUAACCAGUAGCUCCUCUCUCACGGUCACAUUCCAGGAGCCUCGCUGCCUCAACUCUGCUGUGAUCACCAAGCACAGAGUGGAGUGGAGCUGUCUGAAGGACUUUUCCAUGCUGGCUGGAGACAUGGUGUUGGAAAACCUACAAACACUCAAGUGUACCAUCAACGGCCUUACCAUGGGGAGGCUGUACUAUGUCCAAGUGUCAGCCUACAACAUGAAGGGUUGGGGUCCACCUCAGUCAACUCUACCCCCCUCCGCUUCACCCUCCAACUGUAGGGAGAGUGAUGGUCGGGAGCCCAGGAGAAGAGAGCACAUAGGGCAUAUGGAGCGCCUGCUGCAACAGGUCCGCGCUACUCACACACACUACAGCUGCGGAGACACAUCAAAGCUCCAGAACCCAAGCCGUAAGCAGUCCGUCUCCAGAAGUCUCAAGCACCUCUUUAACUCCUCCAACAAGUUUGUCAAGACUCUCAAAAGGGGGGUUUACCUGGCGGCAGUGUUCUACCACAAAGACAGUCUACUGGUGACCACAGAGGACCAGAUCCCUAUAGUGGAGGUGGAUGACUCUUACGGCAGCUCUCUCAUGCAGGACUUCCUAUGGUUCACUAAGUUGUCGUGUAUGUGGGAGGAUGUGCGGUGGCUGAGACAGAGUAUGUCUGUCUCCAUGUCCUCCUCCUCCACUCUACAGGCCAGACAGAAGAUGUUGUCUGCCGCUGGGCAACUACAGAGCUUGUUGGGGACACACAACCUGGGGCGUGUCCACUACGAGCCCAUCAAGGAUCGUCAUGGUAACGUAUUGCUAGUGACUAUCCGGGACAUGGAGAGCCAGUACUCGUUCUUCAGUGGGAAGUGGAUGCAGGUGUCCAAGCUACAAAGCCAGAGGAAGAGUCUGUCCACACCUGAAGAACCCUACGCACUGGACAUACUGCUAAUUACCAUACAGGAUAUCUCGGCCUACCAGAGGCGUAGCCAGCAUCGCCUGACCCCAGGUCUGUACCUGGGUUACCUGAAGCUCAGCAGCUCUGUAGACCAGAUCAGAGUGCUUGUGCCACAGAGGAUGCCCAACAUGCUGUGCCAUGCGCGGGUACGAGACAACGCCAAUGUCUCCAGGGAGGAGUGGGACUGGCUGCAGAGGCUGUCAAACAUAGAGGAUGGAGAGAAGGAGAGAAUGGAGGGAGAGAGGGAGGGAGUGGAUCAAACGACAGACAGUAACACACCAUUGCUCUACUACGAGCUACAGACUGCCCUCAAGGCCCUGCUGAAACUCAUCAACCUACCUCUGCACCAGACCAAGCACUUCCGUAUCUACACUCACGAGGUGUUGGAGUUGGGUCAUAAUGUUUCCUUCCUGCUGCUGCUGCCGGCGGCUGACGAUGUGUGUACCGCUCCUGGACAGACCAACCCCUACACACCACACUCCGGCUUCCUCAACCUCCCUCUCCAAAUGUUUGAGCUGGCCCAUUUCAGUGCGUACAAGGAGAAGUGCAUGAGUCUGUACUGUCGCAUGUCGUCUGUCUUGGACCUGGAUGCACUUAUUACCCAGCAGGCCCUGCGAGAGGCCAUCACGGACACAGAGGUCGCCACGGCCAAACAGAGACACCAACAUAUACUAGACUAUACACAGCAGCUGGAUGAGAUGUGGCAGGAGCUGCGUUGGAUCACUGAUGCCCUGCAGUUUGCCCGCUACAAGCAUCCCUGUGGCGGUGUGCCCAUCACCAGCCUGGUCAAUGCCAGCAGGCCUGAGUCAGACCAGGGGGCACAGAAGAGUGACUCAGCAUCCUCUACCAUGGACUACCUACCCACACCAUCACCCUCGCCUGAGCUACGACCCAGGAAGGCUGUUAGUGACUCCCAACUGGGGUCAGAUGAGGACGGUUGUUCAGAGGUGUUCCUGCCAACAGACAGCGACUAUGACUCCAGCGAGGCCUUGUCCCCCCGUGAGCUGGACCUGCUAUACUCUUCCCAACAGGACUUAUCCCAGCAGGCUGUGCACGCCCUAGGAGGCAGCGCUCCCGACGUACUGCAGAUACACGAACUAAGAUACACAAGCUCAGAUGUGUCCCUGUCCCCCACUCUCUCCAAAGAUGUGUCCCUGUCCCCCACUCUCUCCAAAGAUGUGUCCCUGUCGCCCUCACUCUCCAAAGAUGUGUCCCUGUCCCCCACUCUCUCCAAAGAUGUGUCCCUGUCCCCCACUCUCUCCAAAGAUAUGUGUCCCUGUCCCCCACUCUCUCCAAAGAUGUGUCCCUGUCGCCCUCACUCUCCAAAGAUGUACAGCAUCUGCCAUCCCAAAGACCUCCCUCUCUCCCCCGCCUUCCCCCUCUCCCCAGGCCCACUCCUCUCCCCCGCCUUCCCCCUAUCCUCAGCCCCACCUUUCUCCCCUGCCCUCAUUCUCCCCGAGACUACCCUUUCUUGCACCAAAGUCCUGGAGGGUCUCUCCCUCUCCAAGACGACCCAGGACCAGCACUCCUCCACCCCCCUGCGGCCCCUAGCCAACCCCCCAACCAAGCGGAAGCUGUUGUCCAGAAGCCACGGGGCCGCUGGGCCCCAGCACUGGUUGAAGAGCCACAGCGACAGCCACACUGUCUAUACCAGGCAGAAGGACCCAGACCUGCCCCUGGAUCUCCCAUCCCCUCAGGGGGAGACAUACGUUAGUCCUGCUUCCUGUGUCCAGGAGGGCAGUAGGGCGGGGCAGAGGGAACCCAGGCCCCAUCUCAGGAGGAUCUGUGUGGAACCGUGUAAGGAAACAUCGCUUGAGAACAGGGGCUGGGGAGAGGAGGAGAGAGGGAUGGAGGGACGGGGGGAGAGAGGGGCAGGGGUGAUGGUGGUUGUCACAGAGGAGGGGUCAGGAGAGGAGGCAUAUGAAGGAGCAACAGCCCAGGAUGUGGACUCAGACGGCCAAACGAACACAUAG